AAUGUCCUGGAUCAGAAGAAAAGGUACAAAGAGCCAGGCAAAUGUUGAAAGAAUUAAAGGAGGAUAAAUUGAAAAAAACUCUAGACCCUACAAAAAUUCUUAAUUACAGCGUCAAAUGGAGUGCUACUGGAAUUGACCCAAAUUCGUCAGAAGAGCACAAGAAGUACCUAGAAUCUCUCUGUAACGACUUUGUGCAGCACAUGAUUGGCAUGGUGGAAAAGUCUGUAGCAGAGAAAGAAAAACUCAAAGAUCCUCUGAUAGAGGAGUGCCUUCAACACAUUCAAUUCUGUCAAUCCAAAUGUGAAGGUUUUAGCGGGAGGGAAGAAACAUUAAAGAAAAUCAAAAGCUAUGUGACAGGUUCCGGUGCAGGAGAGAACCAGCCGCUUGUGUUACACGGAACCAGUGGUACCGGAAAAACCUCCAUACUCGCCAAAGCAGCUGAGAUGGUUAGAUCAUGGAUGAGUACACCGCCUGUUAUCAUUUUAAGAUUUUUGGGAACAUCUCCAGACAGCUCCGAUUUGAUGUCAAUGCUUUAUAGCAUAUGCUCUCAAAUAAGACGGGUCUUUAAACAAAGACCACUGCCAAAAACACAG